UGUUCUUAGUAAUGCUUCGGCACACUACAAUAGAUUUAUAUUUUGCAUGAACUAGUUCUGUGCCAACGAAAAGUACAGAACAAUUAAAUAUUUAUGUGUUUCGUGCUUCUAAAUGCGCCGUGGAUUUUCCCACUCUGCGUACACCUGAUCUGACAUAAUUUAGGGGAAAUUAACUCUCGUAUGGAUGGCAUGCAAUGCUCCGAUCUACGUGUGUAAUUUUAAAGAUUAGUUUAGAUUUAUUAAUUAACCGCUACAGAGAGAAAACAGCGUUGUCGGCAGUGCAUCAACAAUGAUGCGAACGAGAAACAAAGAGGGUAUCAGCCGUCCCGCCCAAUAUUAGCCAUGGAGUUAUGAAAUCUUAGUGCUGAAGCAGUUUUCGUCAUAGCUUUUCGUGUUUCUUGACAAAAUAAUAUUGAUUAAUAAUGACGGAACAGUCUCUAAAGUGAGUCGUGGGUGACGGGAUACUUAAUACUAUUUGGCUGCUUCUGUCUGCGGCCCAGCGGCUCGGUGUUGCUGAGUUUACUUAAAAUAGAGCGCAACGUUUAACAGCAACUUGCCUUUCCGCCGCUGCGUUUAAGACAAGAGGUCCGUCCUGUUGCUUUGAAACCAAUUUCGUUCCAAUCCGCUUUCUGUUGAAAUCCAUCCCUGGAUUUACAAGAUCUGACCUGACCUGUCAAGCGGAUUAUCAUACAGAGAGAUUAAUAGAGUGGGCGGGUUGCAAUAAUAAUCGUUUUGUUUGAUGUGACAAGUUUGAUAGGCGUUGAUUUACUUACAAACUGAUAGGCUUUUAAUUGAGCGCCUCCAUCCAAGUUAGAUGAAAGGAAGCCGCGGCAUUUUGUGUCUGAAAAGCUGCCCAAUCGCCCGAGAGUCUGAAUACUUAUUAGCCGGAAUUACAGCGACUGAAAUCGGCAAUAACAGCAGCAGAGGAAACAGUAGUAAACCUUUCUACCACUCCGUACCUCCCUCUGACCCUUUAAGACAAGCUAAUCGUCUUCCUAUCAAGGUUUUGAAAAUGCUUACGGCUCGCACCGGACACAUUUUGCAUCCCGAGUACUUACAACCUUUACCAUCUACGCCCGUAAGUCCCAUUGAGCUUGAUGCGAAAAAGAGUCCUCUGGCACUUUUGGCUCAAACAUGCUCUCAGAUUGGAAAGCCGGAUCCUCCGCCAUCCUCCAAGCUCACGUCUGUGACUUCCAAUGGUACGUGCGAUAAAGACUCCGGAAAAUCUGCUCCAUUGAAACUUAGUGACAUUGGCGUGGAAGACAAGUCGAGUUUUAAACCGUACUCGAAACACACGGAGAAGAAGGAUUCCAGUUCCUCGGGCAGUUCCAGCGUUUCUGGGGAGAAAUCUGGUUUCCGUGUGCCGAGCGCCACCUGUCAACCAUUCACUCCAAGGACAGGCAGUCCAAAUUCCAGCACUUCCUCGCCCAUGCCCACCGACAGCAAAGGCAGCGAGAGUCAGGAAAAGAAAGACAUAGACACCGUAAAAAACAGCUCCACAGAAAAUUCCACGACCACCAGUGUCAGCCACAACCGGAUUAGUGUCAGCUGCGCUGGGAUAAACGUGGAAGUGAAUCAGCACCAGGAAACUUCGGUUUCUAAGCCCAUUAUUUCGGAGACUUCAGCUCUGGGCUCGGGACUUGUUGCCCCUGUUUCGCCCUAUAAACCCGGGCAGACUGUCUUUCCAUUGCCCCCGGCCAGUAUGGCUUAUCCUGGGACACUCGGGGCCUACGCCGGCUACCCGCAUCAGUUUGUACCGCACGGCGUCAGCUUGGAUCACGCCAAAUCCAGUCUAGUCGGGGCGGCUCAGCUUGCCAGUUCUUUGGGCUGUGGUCUCUCCAGUAAACCCACUGGUUCCAGCCCACUAGCCGGAGCCUCUCCCCCAUCAAUGAUGACGGCCAGUCUUUGCAGAGAUCCCUACUGUCUAAGUUAUCACUGCGCUGCCCACCUUGCCGGGGCGGCCAGCAACUCUUGCACCCAUGACCCCACCGCUCUGAAGUCUGGAUACCCUCUGGUUUAUCCCUCUCACCCUCUACAUGCCGUUCACACGUCCAUGUCCAGCAACGCUGGGACGCCAACCCUGACGGGACACCAUUUGUACCCUUAUGGUUUCAUGCUACCUAACGACCCCCAGCCUCACAUCUGCAAUUGGGUCUCGGCCAAUGGACCAUGCGACAAGCGAUUUUGCACCUCAGAGGAACUGCUCAACCACUUGCGGACGCACACUGCUUUCUCCGGGACUGACAAACUCAUGGCCGGCUACCCAAGUUCGUCUCUGGGCAGUGCGGCGGCGGCGGCAGCUGCAGCAGCCGUGGCUUGUCACAUGCACCUCCCACCGACAGGGGCGCCCGGGAGCCCUGGAGGUCUCACACUAAGGAGCCCCCACGCUUUAGGACUCAGCAGCAGAUACCACCCGUAUACCAAGAGCCCACUGCCGACCCAUGGAGCCCCAGGGCCGGUUACCACUCUACCCGUGCCGGCGACAGGACACUAUUACUCUCCAUACGCACUCUACGGCCAGAGAUUAACCACAGCUUCAGCACUGGGCUAUCAGUGAACACAGACAUUAAAAGCUGCAAUAUGCAUUGCAAAGAAGGCUUAUGUGGGUCCAAUUUCAAAACAGUCAGGGGAAAAAAAGUUUUCUUUUAAAAGCAAAAUGUUGACCUAGUUUUCUUCUGUUGAAAUAACACAAUCUGAUUUUUUUUUUCCCGUGAAGCCAGUCAUCUCAAAGGUGAACGUAGAGAUUUCAUCCUGUUGAAUUGUUUUGGAAAUUAAGACGUGUAAAUAGUUUUCUUGAAAGUUUUGAAAUACAAUCCAGGUAGUCCCACACAAAGCAGAUUGCAGUUUAAUGGUCAUUUCAUGGUGUUCAUCAAUGGACGGGUUCCGUGAACGCUAUAUUUAUUUAUGUUAGCUUCAAGCGGGGGAAAACAAAACAAAGUGCAUUACUUAACAAAAAAAACUGAUAGGUAAAGUGGAACACAAUGUAGAAAAAAAUAGGGGUUUUCCUAAGUUUCUUUUGAAUUGCUAUGAUUGUAUUGUACGUUCUUAUUUAAUGUCUCUUGGAAAAGAAUUUACAUGCAUGUUUGUUACUAAAUUCCAACUUGUCAUUAUAAUUUCAAAUUACAAUUAUUUUUAAGGUGUACCAUGGAAAGAAAAUUGGUAUUUUUUGUAUGUAUUCUGGAAAUAAGAAGCAGUGCUAUUCAAAAAUAUGACCGUCUUAUUUUGUUAUUAAAUGAAUACUUGAUUACAAAUUGUAACUUCGGUUCGCAUUAUAUAGGUUUCCAAACGAUUUUGGUAUUUAAUUUUUCUUCCAUUUCUACGAUUAUGCAGGAUUUUUUAAGGUUCCAUUUCUGACUAAGGGUAUCUUAUCGCUUGAGGACGCAAAUAUGUCUUUAUAAAAAUUAUUAAAUAUAAUGUAAAUCUUGCCAUUUAUUUUACAUAAUUGUUUGGAAUCAAAACGCAGUUUUUUUUCUUUAAAAAUGGAAGAUAUUUCUGUAAAAUUGCAAACACAUCACAUGCAUCACCACUGAAUGAGAAAAAGGCACUCAAAUCUAUCGCCAGCUAGAUACAACUGAUUGUACUUUUAAACCAUCGAAAUACAAACUGCCCGCUCUUUAAAUUCAGUUUUGUCAAAGGUGCAGUAAACGGUUUACGGUGUCACUGUGCAUAUAUAAUCCAUGACACCAUAUUGCCAUUGAAACAGUGUGCCGGAUUUUUGGAAAAGGCUCACUAUCAGGAAGACAUCACCCUACCUACUUCUGCAAGAACCCUCAGUUAUUGCAGGAGUUGCAAACAUUCUCCCCUUCCCUGCUCGUCACUCGACACCACGGAACGUGAUUCCUGUUUCCAUAAAUCUGGUGCAAGAGAAAAGACGUACAAGGAGAAACAAAUUUAAAAAAAAUUCCGCCCGAAUUUGGAGAAUAAUUAAACCCAAAUCAAUUUCAAAAAGGUAAACAUCAAGCUCUAAAUGACAGAUCUCCUUUCUCUUAACUCCGUUGAUUUUAAUAUUGAGAAAUGCUCUGUUGGACAAGCGCUGUAAAAGCGAAUGGCUUAGCACGCAAAACAAAACCCGCUUUCAUCAGCUGACUAACGCCAACCAAACAUAUUUAUAGUGAUUCCAUUUAAAAAUAGUUCUAAAUGUUAAACAAAUGACAAUCAAGUUUUUUUUAUUACAAGGUGCCUGUUAUGGUUGUUUUUAAAAUGUAUUAAAAAACCAGUCUGGUUCGAAGGAAUAUACUCAGAAGCAUUGGCUUUUUUUUUGGUAUAUAUUCUUACAAAAUUAACAAAGACCCAAGCCCUCUGUAAUAAAUCAUUAAGAAACAAAAAUCAUCCGUUCAAUAAUGUUUCGAGUAUUUUUGAGCCAAGUGUGAGUGCUUCUCAUUUAAAAAUUCCUUCCAAAUAAUCACAUCACAUAUAAAUAACAGCAACUUAUACCUGCGGUUUUGGGUGCGUGUCCAAAUAACCUAUUUAGGAAACUGAAGUGAAUAAAAGGGAUAUUGUCAUGACGAAUA